CCCACAUCGACCCCUUUAUUCAACAAUCCAACACCGGAUGGUAAUAUCCUCCGCCCCUUUGGUGCCAAAAUAUGGUAUCAUCGUCAUGGCACUCAGAAACCAGAAGACAAAAUGGAUGCCCGCGGAACAUCCGGCAUACUUUUAGGCCAUCGAGCAAGCAAUAUAGCUCAACCCAUCAUUCACUGAGCCAUCAAUGGCUCUACCCACUCCUCCAACCAAUCAACAAGCAACACCCCAACAAUCUUAUUUGAACGACACCCAGCCUUAUUUAGACGACAUCAUGACAUCCCCUGCCAAAGGAUUUGCUGCAUAUACAGUCGGUGCCACAUCUCGCAACGUACCCAAGACAAUGAGAAUCGCUAUGGAUCGAGAUGAUAAAGUUAAAUGGCUACAUGCAAUGGAAAAGGAGAUUGCGAAACUAGAGAGCAAAGGGAUUUUUGAGAGAUGACCAAUCUUAUAAAGCCCGAUGGGUGAUUCUCGGCAAUCUUGUUGAGAAAGAUGAUAUGCAGUACGACUACUGCAAGUAUGCCCCAGUUGUAUUUGCAGCCACCACCCGC